UAACCAUCGAAAUUUUGCUUUUUUUUCUUUGUUAUUCAACACACUAUGAAAGAGUCGAUAGGCAGCGAAAAAAGCAAGAAGAUAUAUACAGAUAGACAAAAAGAUACAAAAGAUGCCUUAUCACAUGUUCGUUGGGCUCCUUUAACGAUACCAUUCGAGCGUCGUCUUCAGACUGCUGCUGUCUUGACUUGGGUAUUUUUGCUAGGCAAUUGCUUUACUUUAUUUCUUUGGUCAUUAUGUUUACCCUUCCUGUGGCCACUCCAAAUUGCUUACAUUAUAUUCAUUGCAAAAGAUAAAGCACCGGAAAAUGGAGGGCGUCGCUCAGAAUGGUUUCGUCGCUUACCUUUCUGGCAUUAUUUUGUCAGUUACUUUCCUAUCAAACUCGUAAAAGAAGCUGAUUUGAAUCCAGAAAAGAACUACGUUUUCGGCUACCAUCCGCAUGGUAUCAUCAGCAUGGGUGCUCUUGGUAACUUUGGUACAGAAGCAACUGGUUUCUCAAAGCUUUUUCCUGGCAUUGUACCCUCGUUGCUCACCUUGACAACCAAUUUCAAUAUUCCUAUCUAUCGCGAAAUAAUUAUGGCCUUAGGUCUUGCUUCGGUCUCUCGUCAUUCAUGUGAGCAUAUUUUAGCAUCAGGACCAGGUCGAUCAAUUGUAAUAGUGAUUGGAGGAGCAGCAGAGUCAUUAAGUGCGCGUCCUGGUAUUGCUGAUUUAACGUUGAAAAAAAGGCUUGGAUUUAUUCGAAUGGCUAUUCGCCAUGAAGCUGACUUGGUGCCUACAUUUUCUUUUGGGGAAAAUGAUUUAUAUGAACAAGUAGAUAACCACAAGGGCAGCUGGCUUUGGAAAAUUCAGAAAAAAAUGCAGCAAGGUUUAGGAUUUACUAUGCCUUUGUUUCAUGCACGAGGGGUUUUCAAUUAUGACAUUGGGUUGAUCCCAUAUAGGCAUCAAGUGGUUACUGUUGUGGGGAAACCUAUUUCUGUUCCAAAACUGAAAGAAGGCCAGACUGAGCCUACAGAAGAACAACUAAAAGCAACACAAGCAUUGUAUAUUGAAGAAUUAGAAUCAAUUUAUAACAAGUACAAAGACAUUUAUGCCAAAGAUAGAAAACAAGAUUUAAGGAUUGUCAGCUAAAAUUUUUCUACAUAUAUCUUUUUUACUCAAGCAAUACAAAAUAAAAAAGAUGUACGCUCCAUAAACAUGAUUACAAAUUCAGUGCUUUGAUUUACACUGUAAUCAGUACAAA